GAGAGUGCGCGGCGUUGCAGGCGACAGCACGGUGCGUAGCGUCUGCACACAGAGCUCAGUGGCUACGUCAGCACACGCGCUGGAUAUUUUUUAUCCACGGACUAGAAGACACAUCUUUACUCAAAAAGUCAGUGCGUGAAACUGGAGAACUUACACAUUGUUGGAAGAAGACAACAAUGGCACCUCUGAUUUUGUACAACCAUGAUGCCAGCCCUCCGUGUUGCCUUGUACGCAUCGUCGCUGAUGAGAUUGGAGUUGACCUCGAGAAAGUUCUUGUGGUCGAUAUAGAAAAGGAAAUGGGCACUCCAGAGAGGCUGCAGAUAAACCCACAGCGAACGAUUCCAGCACUUGUCGACAAUGGUUUGAAUAUUGCAGAAAGCCGAGCGAUUGUAACAUACCUCGUAUCAAAAUAUGCAAAGGACGAUUCUCUGUAUCCAAAAGAUCUAGAGAAACGUGUCCUCGUAGACCAGAGGCUGUAUUUUGAUCAAGAUUUCUACAAUGGAAUUAUGAAAGUUAUUGAUCCAACCUUCUCCGGAAAGCCAUUAUCCCAGAGUGAUGUUGACAAGGUGAACAAUGGACUGGAGAUACUGAACAGAAUGCUUGAGGGAAAACAAUGGCUCGCAGGGGACAACGUUACAGUAGCGGAUUAUGCCACGAUUGUGUCCUUGGCGACACUUGAGUUCAAUACAAAAUGUGGAAUAAACCCUGCUAAACAUGCAAACAUUGCUCAGUGGAUUUCUCGUGUUGAAGGCUCAAGUGCCAAAGUUACAGAGAACAUGAAAGUAUUCCGUGAGGCAAUAAAAAUGUACAUAGAAUAUUUUAAGAAGCAAAUGUCGCAAAAAUAAAAUGAAUAUUAGUGUAUGCAGUAAAACUUACAUUUCACUACGUGUAAAUAGAAAUUGAUAAUAAAUGUGCCUUUGACUGACAAAA